GUUUUCUAGCCGACCCGCUAAUGUAGCAGAAAAAUAUACAUCAUUGACCAGUGAUGAGAGUUUAGCGACAAUGGAGACCGUCGAUGCAGAGGAGCACGAUUUGCCCAAUUUUCAGCGUGUCUCCAUUUCUGGUGAGGAUACUAGCGGUGUGCCAUUGGAGGAUUUAGAACGCGCCUCCACCCUACUAAUACAAGCGUUGGAAUUACGCGAGCGCUAUAUGUUACAUUCUGGUCAAUCAUUCCCGACAACAACUCGCCGUUUUCUGAAAACCGUACACGAACGUAAUCGUUUCGGUACGAUUGAGCACGAGAAUCGAAAGACCAUUGCUGACCAUCCCAUACAUCCGCCAACUGACACGUCCGACCCAUGGGACUUGGAGUUUCCACCUGAUAACGAAUAUGCUAUCAAAAGUAUUAAUGGUGUCUUCCACGUCUACAAGGAUAAGGAAUGCACGCAAGUAGUUAAGUGUGAAUAUCCAAAUCUCAAAGAAUUUGUGAACGAUAUGCAAGUUAUGUGCAACAUGAUCGUCGAUGGACCCCUGAAAUCAUUUUGUUAUCGCCGUCUUUGCUAUCUCUCAUCGAAAUUCCAAUUACACGUUCUCUUGAAUGAGCUGCGUGAGUUAGCCUCACAGAAAGCGGUGCCACAUCGCGAUUUCUACAACAUCAGGUAAGUAAGAUUUUUUUUAAAA